CGAACCUUCCUUGCGAACUUGAAACCCUCACAAGAAAGAACAACCGCAUAACAAUUGCUACUACAUCUCAACGCGUAUUUCAAAUUAUUUGUUCCACUCGGACUUUACGAAGCUCGGAAAAACAUGAUACAAACUGGUCUCAUCCAGAGCGCACACAAUGAUCUUCUGACAGACGUAGCUUAUGAUUUUUAUGGGCUUCGCUUGGCUACUUGCAGUCUCGAUCAAAGAAUCAAAGUUUGGCAAGUAGACGAGAAUAAUGGAAAUUGGAACGUCGAAGAUGACUGGAAGGCGAGCAUGUUGGAAGACGCGUUUUUGCGCUUAUCAACCAAUUAAUGCCAGGCUCACGAUGCUACCGUCUCCAAACUAAGCUGGGCUCACCCAGAAUUUG